AUGCCUGCCACUCCCAAUAGCGUUAGCCCAUCUAUUCCAGGGCCAUGGUGGACCGCCAUGGUUAGUUAUGUCGUCGCUACGUGUUUUACUGCGGUCCUCCUUGGCACGAUUGCUGACUUCGCUUGCAGAAAGGCAAUAGUUGAGUUUUCCAUAAGUCGACACGCCGACACAGCGCAAGAACUUCAAGAACUGGCGGGCUGGACCCCUCCUGGCACUGAAACCGCGCGCGCCAAGGAAGGUACUACCGAAAGCGAACAUUCGAAAUCAGAUGGAGAAGAGGGCGAAAAAGGAAAAGAAAAGAAACCUACAGACGAAGGCGGAGCAGGCCCUAGUCAGAGAGGCGUCUAA